AUGGGUGCCCAAGAGCCAGGAAUGGGUGCCCAAGAUCCAGGAAUGGGUGCCAAGAGCCAGGAAUGGGUACCCAAGAGCCAGGAAUGGGGGCCCAAGAGCCAGGAAUGGGGGCCCAAGAGCCAGGAAUGGGGGCCAAAGAGCUGGGAAUGGGAGCCAAGAGCCAGGAAUGGCUGCCAAGAACCAGGAAUGGCUGCCAAGAGCCAGGAAUGGGUGCCAAGAGCCAGGAAUGGGUGCCCAAGAGCCAGGAAUGGGAGCCAAAAGCCAGGAAUGGGGCCCCAAGAGCCAGGAAUGGCUGCCAAAAGCCAGGAAUGGGUACCCAAAGAGCCAGGAAUGGGGGCCCCAGAGCCAGGAAUGGGUGCCCAAGAGUCAGGAAUGGGUGCCCAAGAGCCAGGAAUGGGAGCCAAAAGCCAGGAAUGGGUGCCCAAGAGCCAGGAAUGGGUGCCAAGCGCCAGGAAUGGGUGCCAAGAGCCAGGAAUGGGUGCCCAAGAGCCAGGAAUGGGGGCCAAGAGCCAGGAAUGGGUGCCCAAGAGCCAGGAAUGGGGGCCAAGAGCCAGGAAUGGGGGCCAAAAGCCAGGAAUGGGUGGCCAAGAACCAGGAAUAGGGGUCCAAGAACCAGGAAUGGCUGCGAAGAGCCAGGAAUGGGUGCCCAGGAACCAGGAAUGGGUGUAG